CCUUGCCAUUUCCCACCCUUCUCUUCCUUGUUUCCUCUCCCUCGCGAAUUCAUAUACCUCCACAUUCCUCCUCCAUCCUCUCGGAGGCAGAAGAAACAGGAAAAGCCGUAGGCAGAGGAAGAAGAAGAUGGAGAGCUCCAACUGCAUGGGACUCGUGGCGGUCGUCGCCGUCUCCGGCAGCAUCGCGCUCGUCGCCCUCCAGGUCCACCGGCGCCUCGCCUCGGACUUCAUCAAGAAGCUCGAGUCGGAAAUCGGUCGUGAAAGAAACCGGCCAAGGAAGAAGGUGAGGUUCGCCCCCGACGUGAUCGAGCCGUCGUCGAACAACGAGGAGUACCGGAGGCGCAAGAAGACGGCGUUGUCUCCGCCAACCAAUCGAUGACACGAAAGAAAGAAGGCAACUUGUUUGUCCUAGUUUGUUCUGCAUCUGCAACCUUCAGGUGUCUGUCGAUCCAACUACACCAUACAUGCUUGUAAGGGAUUUUGUCUCAGUUGUCAGGUUCAUAGAGAAAGAAGGAAUGGUUUACAUAUCUCUCUACCGAUGAUGGCAAUUCAUCAAUCCCAUCUCCAUUAAUCUCGUACUCUUAAGCUCGUAAGGGAGUUGAUUCGAGAGGCUAAAAGUCUCAUCAUUAUACGUACUGCUUUCAGGAAGAACAUUGCAGCGAUCGAAGGCAAAGCUGUU